GGGCUGCGGGGCGGGGGCGGCCGCGGCCUCUCGCGCCCUCACACGCCGGCCCAGGAAGCGCAGAGUGGGAAGGGGUGGGGGUCGGCACGGGGCCUGCCCGCGCCCGCCCUGUGGCCCAGCUGGAGUCCAGGGAGGGUGCAGGCUGCUCGGCACACGGCGCGUGGGCCGCAACGAGAGCACUGGCCCCGGAUCCCCUGAUUAGCGUGGGUGGACACCUGGCCUGGGCCACCACCUCCAGUCCUGGGGUGCGCUCGCCUACUUCCGGCCUGAGUCCCGGCCGCCCGACCCCACCUCCCGGCAGCUGACGCGUCCACGUCCUCCUGCCCUCCCAGGGUACUGCGGCAGGGGUCACCCCGCUUUGUGGAAGAGCUGGGGCGCCUUCCUGUAGGAUCCUCCUUCCGGUGGCUUGGCGCACUUCCUGCCCAGAUGGGGAGGAUCCGGGUCCUUCAAGUCCACAGUUAGGGCCCUGGGGAGGAUCCGGGUCCUUCAAGUCCACAGUUAGGGCCCUGGGGAGGAUCCGGGUCCUUCAAGUCCACAGUUAGGGCCCUGGGGAGGAUCCGGGUCCUUCAAGUCCACGCUGAGGGCCCUGGAGACUGCAUGGCCUCGGGUCAGAGGGCAGCGGCCAGGGGCACUCCCGCUGAGUCAGUGGUCUGGCGUCGUUGCCCCUCCCUCCUUCAGUGCAGGCAGCUGGCAGUCAAAUGCAGGGCUGCCUGGUGCUGGCUGGGCAGUGGCCAUGGCCAGCCCCCGGCCCAGGGAGGGGAGCAGGUGCAGUCACUGGGCCUGGUCAGCAGCCCACAUGGGGACACUCGACCACGGUGACCCCGCACAGCCUCACAGCUGUGUGGUUCUGUGGGACAAAAGUGUCUCCCCCAGUCCCGAGUGGUCAGACACUGCCCUGCCAGAUACAGCGAGGCCCAGGGACAGUCAGACACCCUGGGACCCCCCUCCCCGCAUCCGCCUCAUGCUUCUGCCACAGCCGGGACCCUGCCUCACCCUUGUCCCAAGGGCACCCCCAGGCAAAGCCAGGACAGCUUUCCUGGGUAUCUGGGCCAGGUAGCCUCCGGGGCUGGCGGACUCCAGGGUACACAGGAGCACCCCCCGCACCCAUCGCCACACCGUGCCCAGCAGUCGGGGAUGCCGGGCAGGACAGCGGGCAGCAUGGUGCCCAGUCCUGAGCCUGCCGUUCCCAGGCAAGUGCGUGCCUGCGGCUCCAGUGCCGUCUGGCCAGCCAGCGCCCGCCCCGGCCACAUGGCCCGGGCACCCUGAGCAGAGCCCGGUCCCCAGCCAGGACCAGUAGUCUAGCACCUGUCUGGGCAGAUCAGGGUCCCCGCCUGUGCCCCGCACCUGAGGGGAUGGGGGUGCAGUCCCUGGGCCAGCAGUGUGUCUGGGCAGUCAGAUGAAGAUCAGCCCGGAAGUCCACCACAGGGCCCCACCCAGGACUUCCCAGCGCCCACUGGGGGGCAGGCUGGGCGGGGGGCAUGGCAGUGCAGGCCUCAGGACGGGCACCAAGGCCACGGCCAAAGGCUCCGGCUUCCUCCUGAGUGGAGCCGGGUGGUGACCGGGGUUGAGAGUGCCUGCUGCCACAGGGCCUGGCCACGCCUGGUGGGGACAGGGCUGCGGCCAGGGCAGCUCGUUCAUGGGUGUGGGAAGGGCCAGUGCCAUAGGAGAGAGCAGCAACAGAGGUUAGUGGUGGGUGGGGACAGCGGCUAGCGGUCAGGGCACGGAGGGCUGGGAGGUCAGCGCGAAGCCCUGAGGAUGAGGGGGAAGCGUGGCCAGGGGCUGUGGGAAGGAAUUAAGGUUGUCAUUCCUGGCUGAAGGCCGUCCCAGCCCUGUGUGUCACAUCAGUCCCGGGAAGUGCUGCCCAGCACGGGUGGCAGCCAGGGGCGCGGUGGCCUGCCCAGGGUCCAGGGCAGGUGCUGGGCAGAGACACAGUGGCCUGCUCAGGGCGCCCACAGCCCGGGCAGCACGCGUGAACGUGCUGUCUUAGAAGGAAAACGAAUAUGGUGACGGCGACUCUGGCCUGGCUUCUAAUUUUGUCUUUGAACCACAGUCAUGAAAUAGCCCCUGGCCCCAACAUGGCGCGUCGCUCGCAGAGCUCCUCGCAGGGGGAUAACCCGCUGGCGCCCGGGUACCUGCCUCCCCAUUACAAGGAGUACUACCGCCUGGCAGUGGACGCGCUGGCCGAGGGCGGGCCAGAGGCCUACAGCCGCUUCCUGGCGUCCGAGGGGGCCCCCGACUUCCUGUGCCCCGAGGAGCUGGAGCACGUGAGCCGUCACCUGCGGCCCCCCCAGCACGCUGCCCGGGAGCCCCCCGAGGGCACCCCUCCGGAUGUGGACAUGGACGGCUCCUCAGGCACCUACUGGCCUGUGAACUCGGACCAGGCUGUGCCCGAGCUCGACCUGGGCUGGCCCCUAACCUUCGGCUUCCAGGGCACCGAGGUGACCACGCUGGUGCAGCCGCCACCGCCGGACAGCCCCAGCAUCAAGGAUGAGGCCCGCAGGAUGAUCCGCUCCGCCCAGCAGGUGGUGGCCGUGGUGAUGGACAUGUUCACCGACGUGGACCUGCUGGCUGAGGUGCUGGAGGCCGCGGCGCGCCGCGUGCCCGUCUACAUCCUGCUGGACGAGAUGAACGCACACCACUUCCUGGACAUGGCAGACAAGUGCCGGGUCAACCUGCACCACGUGGACUUCCUGCGCGUGCGCACAGUGGCAGGCCCCACCUACUACUGCCGCACCGGGAAGUCCUUCAAAGGCCACGUGAAGGAGAAGUUCCUGCUGGUGGACUGCGCCGUGGUGAUGAGCGGCAGCUACAGCUUCAUGUGGUCCUUCGAGAAGAUCCACCGCAGCCUGGCGCACGUGUUCCAGGGCGAGCUGGUCUCCAGCUUCGACGAGGAGUUCCGCAUCCUCUUCGCGCAGUCGGAGCCGCUGGUGCCCUCGGCCGGGGCCCUGGCCCGCAUGGACGCCUACGCCCUGGCCCCCUAUGCUGGGGCCGGGCCGCUCAUGGGGGUCCCUGGAGUCGGAGCACCGACCCCCUUCUCCUUCCCCAAGCGCGCGCACCUCCUGUUCCCGCCGCCCCGGGAGGAGGGCCUGGGCUUCCCCUCCUUCCUGGACCCCGACCGGCAUUUCCUGUCGCCCUUCCGCCGCGAGGAGCCGCUGAGGAUGCCCGGGGGCGCGCUGGAGCCGCACUCGGGCCUGCGGCCGGGCGCCGAGCUGGGGGGCGCGCGGGGCUUCUUCCAGGCGCGGCACCUGGAGGUGGACGCCUUCAAGCGGCACAGCUUCGCGGCGGCUGACGGCGCGGGCGCCGUGGAGAACUUCGCGGCGGCGCGGCAGGUGUCGCGGCACACGUUCCUCAGCCACGGCGACGACUUCCGCUUCCAGACCAGCCACUUCCACCGCGACCAGCUCUACCAGCAGCACUACCAGUGGGACCCGCAGUGCGCGCCCACGCGCCCGCAGGGCCUGUUCGAGAAGCUGCGCGCUGGCCGCCCGGGCUUCCCCGACCACGAGGACCUGGCCCUGGGCGCGGGGCCGCGCUUCCCGGAGCUCGGCCCGGACGGGCACCAGCGGCUGGAGUACGUGCCGUCCAGCGCCUCGCGAGAAGUGCGCCAUGGCUCCGACCCCGCCUUCGGGCCGGGGCCCCGCGGCCUGGAACCCGGCGGGGCACCGCGCCCCAAUCUGAGCCAGCGCUUCCCGUGCCAGUCCGCUGCGAAGCAGGGCCUGGACGCCAGCACCGAGCCGGAGCCGGAGCGCAGGGGCGGGCACGAGGGACGCGCCGGGCUGCGGCACUGGCGCCUGGCGUCCUACCUGAGCGGCUGCCACAGUGACAGCGCCGGCGACGAGGGCCUGCCCACGCCCAUGGACGCUGAGGACUACGACGACGACGUGCUGGCGCCCGGCGGCCGAGACCCGCUCCCGGCGGCCUUCCGCGUCCCUGCAGCCUUGGCGCCCAGGGGCCUGGCGCCAGGUUCUGGCGGCGGCGGGGGCGGCGGCGGCGGGGACAGUUCCGAGCACGAGGGCGCCGAGGAGGUGGCCCCGGCCACGCAGGACUCCUUCCGCUCCCGCCUCAACCCGCUCAUCCAGCGCAGCUCGAGGCUGCGGUCCUCGCUGAUCUUUGCGUCGCAGGCCGAGGGCGCAGGGGGCACCGCCGCGGCCACCACGGAGAAAGUGCAGGUGAUGCACAAGGAGCAGACGGUCAGCGAGACCGUGGGGCCUGGCGGCGAGGCCGUGCGCUCCGCCGCCUCUGCCAAGGUCGCCGAGCUGCUGGAGAAGUACAAGGGCCCGGCGCGCGACGCUGGCGGCGCUGUCACCGUGGCCAGCCACAGCAAGGCUGUCGUGUCCCAGGCGUGGCGGGAAGAGGUGGCUGGGGGCGAGCGCCGCAGCCUUGAGAGCUGUCUGCUUGACCUGCGCGACUCGUUCGCCCAGCGGCUGCACCAGGAGUCCGAGCGGCAACCGGGCUCCGCAGCGGUCACGGCUACUCAGCUGCUGGACACGCUGGGCCGCGGCGGCGCAGACCGCCUGCCCUCCCGCUUCCUCUCUGCCCACGGCCGCUCCACCUCCCCGCAGGGGCGUGGCAGCCCCCCACCAGAGGGGCCAGGUGCACACCAGGCCCCCCAUCCUGAGCAGAAAGGGAGCCCCACCGCCGCCUACCCGGAGCGGAAGGGCAGCCCCACCGCCGCCUACCCGGAGCGGAAGGGCAGCCCCGUGCCCCCGGUGCCUGAGCGCAGGGCCAGCCCCGUGCCCCCGGUGCCUGAGCGCAGGGGCAGCCUCACCCUCAGCUUCUCUGGGGACGCUCCAAAGGUGGGGCCCCUGGAAGAGGCUGCGGGCGGCCCCAUGGAAGUCCUGCGCAAGGGCUCCCUGCGCCUCAGGCAGCUGCUGAGCCCCAAGGGCGAGCGGCGGGCCGAGGACGAGGGCGGCUCCCCGGCGCCGGCGCCGCAAGAGAACGGGCAGCCCGAGAGCCCCCGGCGGCCGUCCCUGGGCCGGGGUGACAGCACAGAGGCUGCUGCGGGCGACGAGAAGGGCCCGCGGGCGCGCCUGGCCUCGGCCACGGCCAACGCCUUGUACAGCAGCAACCUGCGGGACGACACCAAGGCCAUCCUGGAGCAGAUCAGCGCCCACGGCCAGAAGCACCGUGGAGCCCCGGCCCCGGGCCCAGGCGCGGCCCACAGCAGCCCUGAGCUCGGCCGCCGCCCGACCGCCGGCGGCCUGGCCCCCGACAUGUCCGACAAGGACAAGUGCUCGGCCAUCUUCCGCUCGGACAGCCUGGGCGCGCAGGGCCGGCUGAGCCGCACGCUGCCCGCCAGCGCGGAGGAGCGCGACCGGCUCCUGCGGCGCAUGGAGAGCAUGCGCAAGGAGAAGCGGGUGUACAGCCGCUUCGAGGUGUUCUGCAAGAGGGAGGAGGCGGGCGGCCCGGGGCCCGCGCAGGGCCCGGCGGAGGACGACGCCAGGGACAGCAAGGUGGGCAAGUUCAUGCCCAAGAUCCUGGGCACGCUCAAAGGCAAGAAGUGAGCUCGCGGCCCUGCGGCGCGGCCGGGGUGCAGGGAGCGCCCUGUCCUCAAGCCGGUGCCCGCCUGGCGCUCGGUGGGUGGCCUCUCCGCCGGGGGCUGGGGACCCCGCACUGCCUGGUGCCUUUCCCCCUGCAGCGUCUCUCCUGGGGCUCGUCCCUCCCGGGCCUCCGUCCUCAGGGACCCCUCCGUACCUCAGUCCCCCUCUCCACAGGGCUUGUGUUCUCAGGGCUCCCCUCACUGCCCCCGGCUCUGUGCCCCCUCGCUGCCACGGCCCAGCCUCGGGCCUCUUCCGUUGAUUCCGUUGGCUCCCCGGUCCCCUCACUGCCUCCAGCGUCUUUCUGGGUGGCCCGGCCUCUUGCUGCGACAAAGGCUGCCCCUUGUGUGAUGGGUGCUGGGUGGGGUGGGCCACUGGGAAAAGAGGUGCUGGAGACCCUCAAGGGGCUGCCCACGGUGCCGGCAAAAGGAGCAGGCGCACUGGGCGUUGCGGCGCAAUAAAACGUGAUCUGGACAGACAA